GAGGCGCGGCGCCUCGAAAGCUACAGAAGGGCGCCCGGAGCUCUCCAAAACUUGACGGGACUUUGCUGUGCCUCGCCAUGCCCCGCGCACCUGCCGCGCCUCUCCCGCCGAGCGCGGGCGGCAAAAGCAACAGCGCCGCUCCCCAACCAGAGCCGGGGGCUACUGGACCCGGGACCUGCAAGCGCUCCGAGGCAUCCGGAGCCCCGCCGAGCUGAAGCCGGAGCCCCAAGACUCUGGGGAUCCGACGGGGCCCACGGCGCACUCUGCGCUCGCCAGCGGGAGCGUCCCCGACCUCUUGUUGGGCCAGCUGGCCAAACGGAGCCGCCGCGCUGAGCAAGGAGGAGCGACCCUACAAGGGAGUCCCAGGAGGCGCCAACCUGAGCCCGAGGAGGAGCCCGGCAGCCCUCCGGCCCUACCGCGGGGCUUCCCGCCGGCUCCCUUCUUCUCCUUCCCUCGCCCGCCCCCCCAAACCAUGAACUUUGGCCGGGGGGGCCCGUCGGUGGUGGUGUUGAAUGUGGGGGGGACGCGCUACUCCUUCGCGCGGGAGGUGCUGAAGGACUUUCCCUUGCGCCGGGUGAGCCGCCUGCACGGCUGCCUGUCCGACCAAGACGUCCUGGAGGUCUGCGACGACUACGACCGCGAGCGGAACGAGUACUUCUUCGACCGGCACUCGGAAGCCUUCGGCUUCAUCAUGCUCUACGUGCGCUACGGGCACCUGCGCUUCGUGCCCCACAUGUGCGAGCUCUCCUUCUACAACGAGAUGAUCUACUGGGGCCUCGAGUGCUCCCACCUCGACUACUGCUGCCAGCGCCGCCUCGACGACCGCAUGUCCGACACCUACACCUUCUACUCGGCGGAGGAUCUCCAGGCCGAGCCGACGGGAGGCUGGAGCAGCAGCAGUAGUAGCAGCAAGAGUAGUUGCCACCCACCCUGCCGAGGCGACGGAGCCGGCAAGGGCGGCAGCAGCGCAGCGCCCCCGCCCGGCGGCGAAAAGAAGUGGCUGGAGCGGAUGAGGAGGACAUUCGAAGAGCCGACCUCCUCCUUGGCCGCCCAGAUCCUGGCCUCCGUCUCCGUCGUCUUUGUCAUUGUGUCCAUGGUGGUGCUGUGCGCCAGCACGAUGCCCGAGUGGCGGGCGGUGGAGAACCGAAGCAUGGAGGAGCAGAGCAGGUACACGGCAGACUCAGUGAGGGAGCCCUCAGGGAUAAUUGAAGCUGUCUGCAUAGGCUGGUUCACUGCAGAGUGCAUUGUGAGGUUCAUCGUCUCCAAAGACAAGUGUGAGUUUGUGAAGAGACCUCUAAACAUCAUUGACUUAUUGGCAAUAACUCCUUACUACAUCUCUGUGCUGAUGACCAUUUUUACAGGGGAGAAUUCUCAGCUCCAGAGGGCUGGAGUCACUUUGAGGGUCCUGAGAAUGAUGAGGAUUUUUUGGGUGAUUAAACUUGCCCGUCACUUCAUUGGCCUCCAGACGCUUGGCCUGACUUUAAAGAGAUGUUAUAGGGAGAUGGUGAUGCUGCUUGUCUUCGUCUGCGUUGCUAUGGCAAUUUUCAGUGCACUGUCCCAGCUCCUUGAACAUGGGCUGAACUUGGGAAAACCAAAUGAAGGCUAUUCUAGUAUCCCAGCGGCUUGCUGGUGGGUAAUCAUCUCUAUGACCACUGUGGGUUAUGGUGACGUAUGCCCCAUCACUAUACCUGGACGGAUUCUUGGAGGGAUUUGUGUGGUCAGUGGAAUUGUUUUACUGGCCCUGCCUAUUACUUUCAUCUAUCACAGCUUUGUGCAAUGUUACCAUGAGCUCAAGUUCCGAUCUGCUCGGUACGGCCGAAGUCUCUCUGCUGAGUUCUUAAAUUAAGUAGCAUAAUACAUAAUAGCAAAUGUUGGCAGCCACUGAAAGACCCAUCCUUGUUCCUUCCUUCCUUGAUGACAGAUGAACCUGCACCCUUGGGGGAAGACAUUUUCCUUUUCCACUUGAAGAAUGGCCACUUGAUAUUUGAGAAAAAAAGUUGUAAACAGCUGUAUUGGCCCAAACAAAUCUUUGGCUCAGACGAAUUGAGAUUCGGAUGAAAACACA